AUGACCUCCAAUGCGGUGCCCCCUCCUCCGUCCAGUCGCGAUGAAUUCCACAUUGCGAUUAUAUGUGCCCUUCCCUUAGAAGCCGAUGGCGUCGAAUCCAUGUUUGAUAAGUUCUGGGAUGACGAGGGUCGGGACUUCGGCAAGGCGCCAGAGGAUCCCAAUGCAUAUACCACUGGAGUCCUCGGGGGUCAUAACUGCGUUUUAGUACAUAUGGCGCAGAUGGGAAAGGUCUCGGCCGCUUCAUCUGCGGUAUGGGUGAAAGCGAGUUUUACGCGAAUCAAACUCGCUCUGGUCGUGGGUAUUUGUGGUGCGGCGCCGAUUUCCUCGGUAGGUGAAGAGAUCAUCCUUGGUGAUAUCAUUCUCAGUGAGGCGCUCAUUCAAUAUGACUUUGGACGACAAUACCCCACCACGUUCCAGACGAAGCACACUCUUGAUGAUCAACCUGGAAGAGCGCCCCUCGAGGUGCGAGCUUUGCUCAAUAGACUGCGAACGGACAGAGGGAGACAACGACUACAAAAGAAGGUCGUGCAAUAUCUCUCUGAUCCAAAAUUGCCUGUCAAGUACACCAGAUAUCCUGGUGCAAACGCCGAUGUCCUCUUUGAACCUUCUUACCGCCACGUACAUCGUGCUCGCGCCGAUUGUUCCAUUUGCACAGAAAACCGCGAAAUCUGCUACCAAGCAGCGGCUGCAACCUGCGAUGAAAUCAGGUGCGACUUGGACCGACGUCUUCCCCGAGAGCGUUUGUGUCACGAAACCCCGCCAGGUUCACAGACGCAUUGUCCGUUCAUUCAUAUUGGUAGGAUGGCAUCAGGCGACACAGUCAUGAAAUCCGCCGAACAUAGGGACAUUCUUAGUCGUCGAGAAGCUGUCAUCGCUUUCGAGAUGGAGGGAAUAGGAGUUUGGGAUCACUUCCCGAGUCUCGUUAUAAAAGGCGCAAGCGAUUACUCGGACAGCCACAAGAACAAGGCGUGGCAGGUCUACGCGGCUGGCACCGCUGCGGCAUGUGCGAAGGCAUUUCUAACAGAGUGGAUAUCUGGGGCCCACCCUAUUAGAGAUGACCUCCUUCCAAUCCGUUUACUGCAGUCUUCGCCUUAUAGUCCACCAUCGGUAUCAGAUUCUGCUCUUGUGAGAUCAGAUUCAUCGGUUCCAGCGAAUACGUCGGUUCCGGCAGGCAAUGUACAUUGGAUGCUUACACGUUCUGUCAAUACGCUAUUUACUGGCAGAGAGGGCAUCUUAGAAGAUAUAGAAACUGCCAUUCGUCGCAGUCUCAAUGACACGGAAAGCACCGUCCAGCGCAGAUUUGUUAUUACUGGGAUGGGUGGCCAGGGAAAGAGUGAGCUUUGCCUUAAAGUUGCAAACUCGAUGAGACAAUUCUCUUAUGCCAUCGCAGAAAAGGCAUACAUCAAAAUUGCGAAAAAGCUGAAUCAGAAUGCAGCUAGUCUCCCCGAAGCGGUUCAAUUACUUGCAGAGGUUGGACAUUCGUGGCUCCUUAUCAUUGACAACGCCGAUGAUCCUGCUCAGGACUAUGAUGCAUAUUUCCCUCCUGGUAACCGAGGUAUUGUACUGCUGACCAGCCGGAAUCCGGACUGUCGUACCCAUCAAACCACUGGCUUCGAGUCUCUGAAAGGACUGCCGACUAAGGAUGGCGUACGCCUGCUCUUCAAUGCAGCCAACACUCCUCCGGAGUGGCGCGAAGAGUUUGGCCCUAGUGCAAAAAAUGUUUGCCAGCUCCUUGGACACCAUGCUUUGGCACUGAUUGCUGCGGGAUCCUACAUUGGUCGUGGGCACUGUGAUUUGAACCAAUACCCAGAUAUCUAUCAGAAACAAUCAACUCGUCUUUUACGAUUCCAUAUUCAACAAGCACAAUCUCGUUACGGUCAUGUAUAUGCCACGUUCGAAGCAUCUGCUCAGAUUCUAGAGGCAUCCGGCGAAGAAACCGCCAAAGACGCACUUGACAUGCUGUGCACACUGUCUAUGCUGGGUGCAGGAGAAAUGGCAAUGCUUGGAGCAGUUGAACUCCCCUUAAUAGUCUUCCAAGCUGCAUGGGAAGGGGCACGGAAAGUCUAUGCAUUUGAUGACGACAAUGAGGAUGACGUGGAUGGCCUCUCCAAGUGGCAUACCUCUUUGUUGCCGUCCUUCGUGCAGUGUGAGUCGACAGAAUGGGACAACUAUCGUGUAGUCGAAGCGAGCCACCUUCUGGCGUCUUUGUCACUGAUUAUCGAGCACAAGCUGGAGCACUCCACAACUGUGUCCAUGCAUCCUCUGGCACAUAGGUGGGCCAAAGGGCGGCAGGCAGAGGCUGACCAAAGUCGGUCAUGGUUGUCUGCAGGGGCAUUGAUUGCACUUGCCUCACACUCACAGGAUAAGUUCAAGCACUGGCACCUGCCUGAAAAACAACUUCGACCGCAUCUGCAUGCAUGGCUAAAACAGAAAGAGACUCGUUCAUUCUCUGCUGAAGAUCAACUGAGGAUUGCUCGGACGUUUACGACAAUAGCUUGGCGCCUACACAGGAUGCGGGACGACAGUGCACUGAAAGAUUUGCUCAUUUUCAUGUUCAAAACUUUCAACCUUGAUCCGCUGGUACCCAAACACCCCUGGCUUUCCCUGUAUGACCUGAAAGCUAGAGCUUUACGAAACCAGGGUCAAACUACGGAAGCGAUCUAUAUACUCGAGCAUAUCAAGAAGAUGGAGGAGACUUUACCAGAAGACAGUCCACAUAGGCUUCAUACUCUACACACUCUUGCCUUGACAUAUAACCAGGAUGGACAGGCCGGCAAGGACGGCGAGGCCGUCAAGCUUCUCGAGGAAGUGGUUCGGAUCCGAGAAGCUAGCCUGGAAGACAACGAUUCAGAUUUACUCAACUCCCAACACGCACUGGCGCGCGCUUAUCAGUUCAUUGGUCAGGACAGGGCCGCAUUCGCUAUUCUUGAGAACGUUGUCUUUCGUAAGGCGAAUAUGCUGCCGGAAGAACAUCCUCACCGUCGAGACAGUCAACAUGAACUAGCAGUGAUGUAUUUCGAGAGUGGUCAGAUCGAGAAAGCCAUCGAGCUGAUGAAGAAAGUCGUGGAUGUCGAUGCACGUAUUUUAAGCACUGACGAUCCUUCUCGUUUGGCGAGUGUUUGGGAGCUCGAGAGAUUUGAGCGAGCUCUGCGCCGCGAAAGGGAAUAA